GUUUCUCUACCAACAGGAACACGUGUACGCGCCACAGUGGCCCGCGUCCAGCGCCGCUCUCCUCGGCCACCAACUCCCCAGUCGCCUCCCGCCCCAACGACCGAGAGCUGCCUCUACGGCGGCAGCGGCGGCGCCGGCGACGAUCAGCUCAGCUCACCAACCCCGAAGCUUCCUCCGCUUCUUCCGGUGUCUACAACCAUGUGGAUGACCGGGAUUAGUUGGGAGCAUUUCAAUCAAUCAAUCAAUCCAACCAAGUCCUAGUUAAUUCGCCUCGGGAUCCGCCAUGUCCACCGGCGACGACGACAACCACGGCGAUCCGCUGCAGCAGCAGCCGGAGGAGGAGGACGGCGGCGGCUAUGGCGAUGUCGCCGUCGGCGGGGGGUUGUUUAGUGUCCCCGGUUACGAGUGGGCGGACGUGGCGGCGCUGGGGCCGGACGUGGCCGGCCGCGCCGUGCGCGUGCGGGGCGCGGCCCACGCGGUGCGCGCCGUGGGGCGGCGCGUCGCGUUCCUCGUGCUGCGGCAGGGGUCGUCCACCGUGCAGUGCGUCGUGGGUGGCGGCGGCGGCGGCGGCGGAGGAGGAGACGCCGGGGUGGCGCGGUUCGCCGCCGGGCUGAGCCGGGAGUCGGUGGUGGACGUCGCCGGCGUCGUCUCGUUGCCGCGGGAGCCCGUCCGCGGCACCACGCAGCAGGAAGUGGAGAUCCAGGUGAAGAAGCUGUACUGCAUCAGCAAAGCGACUCCGAAUCUCCCCAUCAGCGUCGACGACGCGGCGCGAAGCGAGGAAGACGUCGUGAAGGCCAAGGCUGCCGGCGAGCAGCUCGUUCAUGUCGGGCAGGACAAGCGCUUGGACUUCAGAGUGAUCGACCUGCGCACACCUGCAAACCAGGCGAUUUUUCGUGUCCAAUGCGAAAUCGAAAACAUCUUCAGACAAGUGCUGCUGUCAGAAGGUUUCGUUGGCAUCCACACGCCGAAGCUGAUCGGCGGGUCCAGUGAAGGCGGCGCGGCGGUGUUCAAGCUGGACUACAACGGCCAGCCGGCCUGCCUGGCGCAGUCGCCUCAGCUCCACAAGCAAAUGGCAAUUUGUGGUGGAUUCGAGCGUGUGUUCGAGGUUGGCCCCGUGUUCAGGGCAGAAGACUCCAACACGCACCGGCAUUUGUGUGAGUUCGUUGGACUUGACAUGGAAAUGGCAAUCAAAGGCCACUACUCUGAGGUUUGUGAUGUUGUGGAUAGGCUGUUUGUUGCUAUGUUUGAUCAUCUGAACAAGAACUGCGCCAAGGAACUUGAGGCCAUUAACAGGCAGUAUCCGUUCAAACCUUUGAAGUACUUACCCAAGACACUGCGCAUUGAGUAUGACGAAGGCAUCCGGAUGCUCAAGGAAGCUGGGGUCCACGUGGAGGCCAUGGGAGACCUCAACACAGAGUCUGAGAAGAAGCUGGGCGAGCUGGUUCAUACCAAGUAUGACACUGAUUUCUACAUGCUCUGCCGGUACCCGUCGGCGGUGAGGCCAUUCUACACCAUGCCCUGCUCCGACGACCCACGCUACAGCAACUCCUUCGACGUGUUCGUCCGAGGGGAGGAGAUCAUCUCGGGAGCGCAGAGGGUGCACGUCCCGGAGGUCCUGGCACGACAGGCGGAGGAGCGGGGGAUCGACGUCGGCAGCAUCGCCGCCUACGUCGACGCGUUCAGGUACGGCGCGCCGCCGCACGGCGGGUUCGGCGUCGGGCUGGAGAGGGUGGUGAUGCUCUUCUGCGGCCUCGGCAACAUCAGGAAGGCUUCUCUCUUCCCACGCGACCCCAGGAGGCUGAACCCCUGAAAACAAAAAAACACAACCAACUAUCCACCCCAAAACCAACUGGUUUCUUUCAUGUUUGUAUUUUGCGUGGCAAGAAUUCUAUCUGAACACAAACAUUCGAUUCAGGAAUCCAUUCAUCUCGAA